UUUUAGAUCCUUUAUGCUAAUUAUUUUAAUUUUACUCAUUACUUCUGGUUGUUUUACCGAGAAAUGGAUCAGUUCAAUUGGUUUAUCGGAAACGGUAAAUUCAACCAAUUCUUCAAUGACAAAUCAAAAGCAGGAAAUACCAGAGCUACUUUUCGUUCAUAUUUUAUGGCGACAUGGUGAUCGAGGACCGUUAGUAAUGUAUCCGAAUGAUCCAUACAACGAAUCAGUAUGGCCUAAUGGAAGAGGUGAACUUACCGAGAUUGGUAUGCGACAAUUAUUUAAAGUUGGCAAACGUUUCUAUCAACAAUAUAUCAAUUGUACGCCACCAUUCUUAUCAAAAAAUUAUCACAAUAAAGAGAUAUAUGUUCGAAGCACAGAUUUUAAUCGAACUAUUACAAGUGCAAUGGCAGUUUUAGCCGGAAUGUUUCCGAAUGGGAUUUCCGGAAAAGAUUACCCUAAAGAAAGUGAUUGGCCUCACGGUUGGAUACCGAUUCCCGUUCAUACGGUGGAAUUCAAACAUGAUCGUACAGGUAAUCCAUUUCAUCAUUGCAUUCGAGCAGAACUUCUAGAGAAGGAAGGAUACCAAAGCAAUGAUUUUCGUGAAAUAACAGCAAAAUAUCAGGAUUUGUUAGCAUAUUUGUCGAACAUGACAGGUUAUAAAAGGCUUCAACCGGAUGAACGUUUCAGUUUCCUUUUGGAUACUUUAAUUGUUGAACGUUUUCAUAAUUUGAAAUUACCGGAAUGGUUUACAGAGAAGAUUGAAAAAGAAAUGAAAAUUUUACGUGCAGAAAUACGAAAAUACCGACUUGGAAGUGGAAAAUAUUUCGGACCAAAGAGUAAAUUAAUCCGAUUACGUGGAGGUGUUAUCUUGAAUGCUAUCAUUGAUAAGUUACAGCGGAAAUGGGAAUGCAUAAAUGAUGAUAGUAUCAAGUGUAUCUGGUACAAACAUAUCAAAUUCUAUGGAUUAUCUGCUCAUGAUGUGACAGUUUCCGCAUUAUUGGUCGCAUUGGGAGUAAAUUCUGAAAAUAUGGACAUCCAUGAUCCACAAUAUGGUGCUACUGUAUAUUCCGAGCUUUAUCGCUUCCAUAAUCAACCUUACGUCAAAGUUUGUCAUUUAAAUUACCUAACUGAGGAGCUAUUGUGA